AUUUCCCAUACCUUGCUAUCUGAAGCAUAACUCUGCUCUCUGCAUGCAACUUUCAGUUUCCUCACCCACGCUCUAGUUUACUGCUCGUGUGGUGUACCUAGGCUUGUUACAAUGCAGCAGUUAAUCAAGGAAAGGAAGGGAAUUAGAUCCUAAGAUUGCUGCAGAUUGACCCAUGGGUUAGAGCUUCGAACCAUAUAUAGCUCCUGGGAUUUGAAGGAUUAAAUUGAUUCACCAUGCAUGUACUGGAGCACAUCAGGAUCCAGGCAAAAAACAUCGAUGCUGCAGCAGAAAAGAUAAUUGGUGUUUUAGAGGAUACAAGCAAAGGAAACAUUAUCUACAUCCAUGGAUGGUCUGGAUUUGGAGCAUCAGUGGCACUCAAGGUAGUUGCCCAACACCUGAAGUCAUCAAAAUCAAAGUUUGACAAGGUUAUCCAUGUGGAUUGCUCUGUAUGGCAAAGCAUGAGGGCCCAGCAAAAGGCAGUAGCGGAGGAGCUGGAGCUUCCGCAGUCUGUGUUGGCCAUCUGUGUGCGCCCUGGCGGCAUUCGUGCGCCGGCCGGAAAACCUUGUGUCCAUUGUUCUUCUUCUUCCACCUUCGUUCGAGUGAGAGGAGAGGUAGCUAGAGGGUUUCGGUUCCAACAGCUGGAGCUUCCGCAGUCUGUGAUGGCCAUCUUUGAUCUGUGCGACGAGGACGACGAUUUCAAUGGGAUUAAACAAGGGUCCAGAGGGGUGAUAGCAGAUGUCGGAAGGGAAAUAUGCACAAAGCUUCUUAACAGCAGAUUUGCGGUGGUUUUUCACAAUGGGAGCAGGAGAUACAUUGAUUUGUACGAGUGUGCAGCAAAACGAGCACAUUUCAGCAACAUAGCUUGA